AUGUCAAAUAAUUAUAAUGGUCAACGACUUGUAGGCUUUAAUUGGCAAUUUCCACAAAAUUUUGCUGAGGCCAAAGACUAUAUAUUUGAAUUUGGCUGUUUUUGUUAUACUGAAACAAACCAAGCUUUUCAAAUAUUUUGGGCCUUAAUCAGUACUACAAUUACUAUAAUAAGUGCUAAAACCCCAACUGAACUUGUUAGAGAUAUUACCAACAAAGCACUGGAAGUUUCUAAUAAAGCUAUGGACUAUGCUGUGAAUCAAGGAGUUGUUGAAAAUGUUGCUUCUUAUCUUAUGGGUAAAGAAAAAAAUACCGAUGAUAGUACUGAACUGCCAAUAAAAGACUCGGGAACUAAUGAUACUAGAGAAGUAACUUCUACAACCGAUAAUACUAUUACAAGCGGUGAACGUUCUGCUCUUGUGGAUGAGAUAUCGGAUCUUAAUGCUUAUCUUCAAGAACAACUUACUAAACGUAUAAUGUUUCUUGACGGUGCCAUGGGCACAGUUAUUCAGCUACUUAAACUUUCUGAAGAAGAUUUUCGAGGAGAUUUAUUUAAAGAUCAUUCACAUGAUUUAAAAGGGAAUAAUGACAUUUUGGUUUUAACGCAACCUGAGAUUAUUAAGAAAAUACAUAUCGAAUAUUUGGAAGCUGGGGCCGACUUUGUAGAAACCAAUACCUUUUGUAGUACUUCCAUUAGUCAAGCAGAUUAUUUUUGUGAAAAAUAUGCAUAUGAAUUAAAUAAAGAAGCUGCUAAAUUGGCAAAAGAAGCGUGUAUUGAGGUUACAAUACGAGAUCCAGGCAGACCAAGAUUUGUUUGUGGUGCAAUUGGACCAACAAAUCGUACAUGUUCUAUCUCACCAUCCGUAGAAAAUCCUGCUUAUCGUAAUGUCACUUUUGAUGAGUUGGUUGAAGCAUAUUCAGAACAAAUUAGAGGUUUACUAGAUGGUGGAGCUGACAUUCUAUUAGUCGAGACUAUUUUCGAUACUUUAAAUGCAAAGGCAGUUUUAUACGCAAUUGAUUUGUUAUUUGAAGGUGGUUAUAAAAAGAUACCAAUCUUUGUUUCUGGUACUAUUGUUGACCAAUCUGGACGUACCCUUAGUGGGCAAACUGGAGAAGCCUUUGUCACUAGUAUUAAUCAUUCACAUCCUUUGGCAAUCGGACUGAAUUGUGCUUUGGGUGCAGAACAAAUGAAACCAUUUGUUCAAAAUAUUUCAAAGUUUACAAGUUCAUUUGUAAUUUGUUAUCCAAAUGCUGGUUUACCAAACACUUUUGGAGAGUACGAUGAAACACCUGAAAUGAUGUCAAAAGCAGUUGCAGAUUUUGCAAUGGAUGGUCUUGUUAAUAUAUUGGGUGGAUGUUGUGGUACAACACCCGGUCAUUUGAAAGCUAUCGUUGAAGCUUGUUCAAAAUAUAAACCUAGAGUUCCACCGUCAGAUAUUAAGUUAGAUAAUAUGAUCAUUUCUGGAUUGGAAGUGUUAAAAAUUAACAAGGAAACAAAUUUCGUAAAUAUAGGAGAGCGUUGUAAUGUUGCUGGGUCAAGGAAGUUUGCUCGUCAUAUUCUGAAAGGAGAAUAUGAAGAAGCAAUGGCAAUAGCAAGGUCUCAAGUUGAAAAUGGUGCUCAGAUCGUUGAUGUUAAUAUGGACGAAGGAAUGUUGGAUGGAAAAGCUGCCAUGACUAAAUUUUUGAAUUUAAUUGCCAGUGAUCCAGAUGUUGCUAGGGUCCCAAUCAUGGUAGAUUCUUCAAACUUUGAAGUGAUCCUAGCAGGAUUGAAAUGCGCACAAGGAAAGUGUAUUGUCAAUAGUAUAAGUUUAAAAGAAGGACCUGAAGAUUUCAUUAAAAAGGCUAAGAUUAUUAGAAGAUUCGGUGCAGCUGUUGUUGUUAUGGCUUUUGAUGAAACAGGUCAAGCUGACGUUAAAGAUCGCAAAGUUGAGAUCUGUACAAGAUCGUAUAAAAUCUUAACUGAAAUAGUUGGAUUCAAUCCUAACGAUAUUAUUUUUGACCCGAAUAUUUUAACUAUCUGUACUGGUAUGGAAGAACAUAAUAAUUAUGGUGUAGAAUUUAUUGAAGCGACAAGAGAAAUCAAACGAACUUUAUCCGGUGCAAAAGUUAGCGGUGGUGUAUCUAAUUUAUCAUUUUCAUUUCGUGGAAUGGAUAAAAUUAGAGAAGCCAUGCAUAGCGUUUUCCUAUAUCAUGCAAUUCAAGCUGGUCUUGAUAUGGGAAUUGUAAAUGCAGGAUUUUUGACUAUUUAUGAUGACAUUCCAAAAGAUUUGCUUGAGCUUUGUGAAAAUGCAUUAUGGAAUCGUGAUCCAGAUGGGAUUACAAAACAUAUUAUCGAAGAUACGGAAGAAGCUAGGAAGAAUUAUUCGAGACCUUUAGAAGUUAUAGAAGGUCCUUUAAUGAGCGGUAUGAGUAUUGUUGGUGACUUAUUCGGAAAAGGUAAAAUGUUUUUACCACAGGUUAUCAAAUCUGCACGAGUUAUGAAAAAGGCAGUAGCACACUUGAUCCCUUUUAUGGAAGAAGAACGUAUGGCUAAUCUUGCAAAAACUGGUGGUGAAGAUUCAGGUCCUGCACAUGCGGGAGUUGUUGUUUUAGCUACUGUAAAAGGAGAUGUUCAUGAUAUUGGUAAAAAUAUUGUUGGCGUUGUGCUCGGUUGUAAUAAUUACAAGGUUAUUGAUUUAGGUGUAAUGACACCCUGUGAGAAAAUUAUAGCAACAGCUUUGGAAGAAAAAGCCGAUAUUAUUGGAUUAUCGGGCUUGAUUACACCCUCUUUAGAUGAAAUGAUAACAGUUGCCAGGGAAAUGGAAAAGCGUAAUUUGAAUAUUCCAUUAUUAAUUGGUGGAGCUACAACUUCUAAAGCGCAUACUGCAGUAAAAAUUUCUCCUCAAUAUAAUAAACCUACUAUACACGUAUUGGACGCUUCAAAAAGCGUCGUUGUGGUAUCAAACUUGUUGGAUGAGAAAUCCAAAGAGGACUUCUGGGAAGAUAUAGCAGAAGAAUAUCAAGAAAUUAGGGAAGAUCAUUUUGCUUCUUUGAAAGAUCGAAAAUACUUACCUUUGCAAGCAGCGAGAGAAAAAGGAUUCAAAAUUGACUGGGCUAAACAAUCUCUUCCCGUUAAACCAUCUUUUAUUGGAAAACGAGUAUUUACGAAAUAUGAUCUAAGGAGAAUUUCAGAAUAUAUUGAUUGGAAUCCUUUCUUUCAAGUUUGGCAAUUGAGAGGAAGGUAUCCCAAUCGCGGAUUCCCAAAAAUUUUUAAUGAUGAACAUGUUGGUCCAGAAGCUAAAAAAGUAUAUGAUGAGGCAUUAGCCUUUGUCAAAAAGAUUAUUGAUGAGGAUUUAUUCGUUGCUAAAGGCAUCGUUGGAAUUUAUCCUGCUAAUAGUGUGGAUGAUGAUAUUCAAGUAUAUGAGGAUGAAUCACGACGCAAGGUCGCUUCCACCUUUUUCGGAUUAAGACAACAAGCGGAAAAGGAGCCGAAAGAACCAUAUUUUUGUCUUUCCGAUUUUAUAGCACCUAGAGCAUCUGGUAUACCAGAUUAUUUAGGUUUAUUCGCAGUUGGUAUAUUUGGUGCUGAAGAGCUUGUAAAGAAAUUCGAAGAUGAACAUGAUGAUUAUAAUAUUAUCAUGACUAAAGCAAUUGCAGAUCGUUUUGCUGAAGGAUUUGCUGAAUGUUUGCAUGAGAGCAUACGUAAAGAAUUAUGGGGAUAUUCACCAAAUGAAAAUUUAAAAUUAGGAGAUAUGCUGAGCGUUAAAUAUCAAGGUAUUAGACCAGCUCCAGCUUAUCCAUCUCAACCGGAUCAUCGUGAAAAAUCAACUAUGUGGAAUUUAAUGAAGAUACAUGAAGAAACUGGGAUUGAAUUGACUGAUAACUUGGCUAUGCUUCCCGCUGCUAGUGUUUCAGCCCUAGCCUUUGCAAAUUCCGAAUCACAAUAUUUCGCGGUUGGAAAGAUAGAAAAGGAUCAGGUUCUAAAUUACACUGAACGUAUCGGUAAAGAUCUUGAAGAUACAGAAAAGUGGCUUCGACCCAAUCUUAAUUAUGAUGAAGAUGGUGAUGCUAUAAGUAUCGAUAGUGACUCAUGUCUGCAAGAAGCAAUUGAUCAUGCUGCUUUGAAUCUAGACAAAAAAAAUGUUAGAGUUGUGAUUCGCUUAAGCUUGGAAAAAAUAGACACCAUAGUCUCUAAACAUCAAGAAAAAGAGUUACCCAAUAAUCUUAAUGGUAAUUCAAAUGAAGAUGAUAAUAAUGUAACAGAAAACUCAGAUUCGUCAACAUCCGAAUUUGGCACGAAUAACGAAUACGCAAAUCCUGAAGAGUACCCUUUUGAAAGGGUCCUUAAUAUUGGAAUCAAACAUCUUCAAGACACGGUACAAACAUUUGUUACACAACUGAGUUCCACUAUUGAACGUGAUCUGUCAUAUAAGAAUCUUAACGUGUCUCAGCCAAAUCAAUCAAAUAAUGUUGAUACAAAUCUUUCGUCUGAUACUCGUCAAAUUCCAAAUUCUUCGGAGCCUGUUGUGCAUCAUGGUGUAUUAUGCGAUUGCUGUCAAAAUACUAUCCGUGGAAUGAGAUGGAAGUGUACAACUUGUAAAAAUUAUGACGUGUGUCAAGUUUGUAAAUCCAAACCAAGUACUCUUCAUACUCACCCAAAUAAUCAUGCUUUCCGACCUAUUCCUUAUCCGAGAACUUCCAAUGUUUCUACUCAUUCGGAAAAUGCGCAUUCUGCUACUUGCGACUAUUGUGAAUCAGUCAUCUUUGGAAUACGUCAUAAAUGUAUUAAUUGCCCAGAUUUCGACUUGUGUAGUUACUGCAUUUCGCUUGCACCAAAUCAACAUCCAGAUCAUACAUUUAUGUCUAUUCAUAAACCUGGUGAUCCAGAAAUCAAAAUUCCGGAUGCUGCUUUUCACCCUGGAAUUAAAUGCGAUGGUUGCCACAAAGCAAUUAAUGGUGUCAGAUUUAAGUGCGGAAAUUGCCCCGAUUUCGAUCUUUGCGGAAAUUGCGAGGCAUCCCCUCUUAACAAGCAUGAUCUUGAUCAUGUUUUCAUUAAACUCAAGAGGCCUGUUCCAUCUCCAUUAUCAUCAACUGAAGCAUUACUUCCGCUUUUUUAUUCGCGUGCAGAUAUCAAGGGUGGUUGUAAAUCAAAAGCAGAAUGCAGGAAAAAUUCUUCAAAAGAAAUAGAAUCUAUUACAAAUAACGAUUUGGUUGAGUCAACUCCAAAUUUGUCCUCACAAUCUACUGUCCAGAAGCAACCAAUUUCAAUUGUCAAAGGACCGAGUGGUGAACCCGUUAUUAGUCGGGCACCUAUUGAACUUUAUGAGGAAUUGCGUGAAACUUCAAUAUCUGAAUCAGCUCCUUUGCCUGAGAUAUCUUCUAAACCUUCUCCUUCCAUUUCAAAUAUCAACGCUAGUCAUAAUGAUUUCUUCCCUUCUUUGCUCCUUAAAAAAACUGAACCAGCUGCACAGGAUUCAAAUAAUGCUUUAAAGGUAUCUAUGUUGAAUUCAUGCUUUAUUGAAGAUGUAAAUAUACCCGACGGUACAGUACUCGUGCCACAAGCUCAAUUUCUAAAGAUCUGGAAAAUGUCUAACAACGGUGGUGUCACUUGGCCUGAAAGCACGGUCCUACAGUUUGUUGGUGGACAGCGUAUGUUCAAUGAUAGUUUGGUUAAAAAUGGCGAAGAAGGUACCGCACCGUAUAUCCCUGUUGGUGCUGUUGAAGUUGGUAAAACUCUGGAUAUUUCUGCUGAUCUCCAAGCGCCAUCUGAACCCGGAAAAUACGUUUCAUUCUGGCGAUUAACAGAUAAGGAUGGUAAUCGAUUUGGACACAGAGUUUGGUGUGAUAUUGAUGUGGAGGCUGUUGAUCAAUCGACCAAUAUGUCCGCCUCUUCAAUGAUCUUCCCUGUAUUAAAUUAUGAUCAACAAUCGGUCUCCGCUAAAUCUAAUGAUACCUCAGUUCCAUUAUCUUCGAUUCCUGCCACUCUUGUAUCUUCAGAAAUUUUAAGACUUGAAAAUGAUGAUAAUAGUCUUUUCCGUGAUCCAGUUUCACUUGGUUCAUCUUUGUCAGAACUAAGAAAAUUAGAAAUUGAAAAUCAAUCUGAUCAUUAUGAUUCUGAUGAUUCCGAUGAUAAUUCUUCGAUUGCUUCAAGCGCAGAUUCGUCUCAAGAUUUUAUUGUUGUAGAAAAAGAUUCGGACGAUGACAUGCAAACACAACGUGGAAGAAGCGUACAACCAUAUAAUUUAAAUCUAAAUUCAGAUGAAGAAGUUAUUAACGACACACAAUCUGAAGGUAAACUUUUAGCCGAAAAUGUUCAAAGCUCAUCCGUUCCUUCAUCUGCUGAAGUUGAAAAUAUCGUCGUAACAUCACAACCCGGUGAUAUUGGUGAAUCUAAAUUAAAUAAAGAAUUUUCAGAGAAUUUGAAAUACAAACAAACAUUGGCGACAUUGGCUGAAAUGGGUUUCGAUGACGAAGAGGAGAUGAUUAAACUUGUG